AUGGCUGACGUGCUGGAGCUCAGGACGGAUGGGAACUCUCUGCUGAAAGCAGUGUGGCUUCGGCGUUUGCGCCUUACAAGGCUUCUCCUGGAAGGUGGAGCCUACAUAAAUGAAAGUAACGAUCAAGGAGAGACACCACUCAUGGUGGCCUGCAUGUCCAAACACUCUGACCAGCAGAGUGUCAGCAAGGCUAAGCUUGUCAAGUACCUUCUGGACAACAAAGCUGACCCUAAUAUCCAAGACAAAGCUGGAAGGACAGCCCUUAUGCACGCAUGCAGCCACAGGGCAGGACAUGAGGUGGUCUCACUUCUACUGACUAAUGGGGCUGAUCCAAGCCUGGAGGACCGUCAUGGAUCUUCUGCUUUAGUCUAUGCUGUCAAUGCAGAUGAUAAAGAAACCCUAAAAGUUCUCCUUGAUGCCUGCAAAGCCAAAGGCAAGGAGGUCAUCAUCAUUACCACUGACAAAUCACCAUCUGGAACCAAAACCACCAAGCAGUACCUGAAUGUUCCUCCUUCUCCAGAGUUGGAUGAGAGGACCUCUCCUGCACCUUGUGCCUCACCAUCAGAGAUAGAUCUUCAUGCAUCGCCAUCUCCCAGCAAAGCGGAGGAGCAAGACACUGUAUUCAAUUUUCAAACAAAAUUUAAAUCAGCUUCAAACACAGCAGCCAAACUUUCCAACGGACUUACUUCCCCCAGUAAGAAGCCUGUGAACCCCAAGAGGGCUCGUCUACCCCAGUUGAAGCGUCUACAAUCAGAGCCUUGGGGUCUGAUUGCCCCCUCCGUCUUGGUGGCGGCCAAUGAAGAGAGCAAGAGAGCCAACUCAGAUGAGGAUGUUGUUGCAGGUGUCAAUGGACUGAGCAUGUCCAGAAGAGGCAUUUUGUCUCGGCAUAACAGUGUGGAUGGAAAAUAUAUCUUGUUUCCAAUGGUGGGAGAUCAGAGCACAAAAAUCUUGCCAACUUCAUCCCUUCCGACAUCUUCCAAAGCCUCCUAUGAGAGAUCUCUAGCACAGCACCAGCCCCUCGCACGACGUAGCACUGUCCCCACGGAGCAGGAGGGCUCUGGAGGAAACUUGGGGCCAGUUAGCCUCAGAGACACAAUGCACCGGAGGAGACUGGGGAAUGAACACUACGACUCAGACUCCCAGCUGUACUCAGAUUCCAGCAUGCUAGACUCUCCUAAGACACCUCUGGAGAGAAGGAAGCUCAAUACAUCCCCUCUUGCUAUGCUUACAGGUUCACGAGAGUCCUUGGACAGCAAUCCCAGUACUUCCUCCCCAAGCACAGCCAGAUGCAGAGCUCCUGGCCUACUGGAGCGGCGCGGCUCUGGAACGCUAUUGCUGGAUUACAUAUCCCACACCCGCCCAGGUCACCUUCCCCCAUUAAACAUCAACCCAAACCCUCCUAUUCCAGAUAUAGGGGCAAGCAGCAAACCCUCAUCCCCACUUGCAGCAGGUAUCAGACCAAUAGCUCCCGUAGCACCCAACUCACCAAAGAGAGGCAACCUCAGGACGAAGAAGAAGCUUGUGAGAAGGCACUCUAUGCAAGUGGAACAGAUGAAGCAGCUUUCAAACUUUGAAGAGCUCAACCAUCAAUCAUGAAACUCAGUCUCUGUAGAUGUAGCACCUUUAAGAUCAUAAAUAUAUGUCUUGGAUAAUGCUGAAUUUUAGGUAAUUUGCAAUGAAUGUAGCCAUUUAGGGCAAAGGGAUAUUGUAUCAACAGGUUAAUCUACUUGCUACUGUAGUUUCAAUUAGCUCAAUUCAAUUCAAUUAGUUUUUUUGAAAAAGCAACUGAAAACUAAAUGAAUGAAAGGGUUUGUUUAGAUGUAAUAUAUGAUGUAACCUUAUAGUGUAAGCUUAGACUGUCAUUUCCUACCAACCACAGCACUCAUUUUCAAAAUAAAUGUUAGUGGAAAUGGGAUUUACAACAGUCGCAAAAAUACAACAAAGAAGUGUGCAAUUUUCCAUUCCGCAACAAAGGUAGUGUUUGUCCUCUUAAAGAGUAGGUGAGAGAGUGUGCUAUUAUUCUCUGGCGAAUGAAGAUUGAAUUUGACAGCUUGACUACAGCUAGUUCUGAGCGCGGCUCUUCUGCUGCAAACACAAACAGAGACAGAAAUAUCUGUGUCUUCAAAGUCUAGACAUCUCUCCAUGAGAUUCAUUAAGGCAGACAGGAGAGUGAAUGCAAAACCGUACUGUCAAAAUGGAGCAGAGAGGUCACCAGAUCAUACCCAUUAAAAGAAAGCAUUCCAUUGGCUCCUGAUUAUAAAGGGAAGUCCUGCAAGAAAAGCAAAUCGGGUUGAGAAUGGUAGCAAGAAAGAGGAGAUGCAAGAGAAUUUUUCUCUCAUCACUAUACAUACAAUAUGUUAACUUUUUAAUGUUGAUGUUAAUAAUGCAGAUGUAUCAUUACAAUCAUAUCUUAUCUAAAUUCUAUGAAAUACUGACCAUGUAAGCUAAUUAUAGGGGAAUCUGUCUCUUGUAAUUGAUUACAUCCAACAUCAGUUGCAAUAAUACAUGCAAAAUUACAAGUGUAAUUAUGACUUACUCCUUAAAGCAAAGAUGACUCAUAUAGUCGUAGAGCCCUUAGUUAACCUUGCUAGGUCGACAGUCUUUACAUAUAUAAAGUGUCAGUUCGUUCCAUGACGAGUUCAAGAGAUUGAAUGUUUGUAGCUAAUUAGUGCAUAGUGCCUUUAAGGGAGAGUAAAGGGUGGUCUGCAUCACAUAUUCCUUUUAAUACAAUAUUAUUAAGCAGCAUUUGAAUCACAAUAUUAGAAUCAGUAUGAAAUAAGUAAGAAAUCACUUAACAUGAAGUAUAAUGAUGACAAUAAUUGGCAAAUAUGGCUAAGUAAUACUUUGACCACAGCAUAUCAUAAUAUAUUUAGGGAAAGUCUGUAGCGGAACAUGCCCUGUGAUAAACCAAUGACUAUUGUACAGACAAAUGUGAACAUAAGUUUAUCCAUUUGUCAGCCAAUGUUAUGUGGUAGAACUAAUGUGCCCAUUUUACCUUUUUUCGUGCAAAUGCGAAGUGCUUCAGAUUCAUUGCUGCUAUAAUGUUUAAUAGCUACAUUGACUGCACAAGGCUUUCAAAUAAUACAUGUUCUGUAGUACUAGAGUUAGCUGGCUAACUCCUCACUCAUUUUCUCUGAAUUAAGACAUUAAACAUAAGCAAUCAACAGAUGCAUUUAGGCUUUGGGUCUGUGAUUAUUAAAUACACAUAUGACAUAAUUAUAUGGGUC